AUGGAAUUCCGCAGACAUGCAGGCCGCAAUUCAUUUCGCGAAAUUCCAAAAGGCUCACAAACAAAACAAUUUUUUUCUGAUUCGAAAGAAUCACGCAGUUAUAUGUAUCGAAAAAUAUAUCUUGACAAGUAUCCGUUAUUUUGGCAACAAUUUAAUGACAUAUUAGAUUCUGAAAUGAGUAACAGAAUUACAACUCUUCGACAUCCAGUUCCUGAAUCAAAUACAAGCCACCAGGCAAAUCCAUCUGAUUCACUAUAUUCAACCACGCGAAUUAACGAUCCUGAUGAGGAAAAUGAAGGUUUUCCAAUUUUUAUUAAAAAUUACGCUGCAAUUGAUUUUCAUAGAGGUUUUACGUUAGAAGAUCCACUUGAUUUGGAAGAUUUUGUUACACUUUGUGAUGAAAUUAAGGAAAUUAACGCAAAAACUAUUAAAACUGACGAUCCUCGAGAUGGAUUUUUAUUCCCAACUCAAGAAUUAAAUAAUGUACCUAUUGUAAAUACAGAUAUAGCAGAUACACACGACACACCGGAAGAACAGCCGCAUAAUGAAACCCGCGGCGGAUAUAGAGGUCGAGGUGGCCAAAGAGGAAGAGGCAGAGGUGGUGGCUCUACUAAUAAUAGAGGUAGAGGAAGAAGGUGA